GACCCGAAUCGCAGAACCCCCUCAGCGUGCAGAUGGCAGGUGGACAGGACCUGUAGUCUCAAGAGGCCUUCCGUGGGGCUAGCUCCGAGUGGUGCUUCGCACACCUGGGAGACCUCAGGAGGAGGUGUGGCCACCCCAGUUUUACAGCAGGCCGAGCAGUACAAACAGAUCUGAGUCCAGCAUGGCAGAUCCUGGUGAUGGCCUCCGUACAGCUCCUGGGGAGGUGGCUGAGCCCCCUGGAGAUGAGAGUGGUACCUCUGCUGGGGAAGCCUUCCCCCUCUCUUCUCUGGCCAAUCUGUUUGAGGGGGAGGAAGGUUCUUCUUCUCUUUCACCGGCGGAUGCUAGCCGCCCUGCUGGCCCCGGGGAUGGACGUCCAAACCUGCGUAUGAAGUUCCAGGGAGCUUUCCGCAAGGGGGUUCCCAACCCCAUUGACCUGCUGGAGUCCACCCUGUAUGAGUCCUCAGUAGUGCCUGGGCCCAAGAAAGCGCCCAUGGAUUCCUUGUUCGACUACGGCACCUACCGUCACCACCCCAGUGACAACAAGAGAUGGAGGAGGAAGGUCGUGGAGAAGCAGCCACAGAGCCCCAAAGCUCCUGCACCCCAGCCACCCCCCAUCCUCAAAGUCUUCAACCGGCCCAUCCUCUUUGACAUUGUGUCCCGGGGCUCCACCGCUGACCUGGAUGGACUACUCUCCUUCUUGUUGACCCACAAGAAGCGUCUGACUGAUGAGGAGUUCCGGGAGCCAUCCACGGGGAAGACCUGCUUGCCCAAGGCCCUGCUGAAUCUAAACAACGGCCACAACGACACCAUCCCAGUGUUGCUGGACAUUGCGGAACGCACCGGUAACAUGCGUGAAUUCAUCAACUCGCCCUUCAGGGACAUCUACUACCGAGGCCAGACGUCCCUGCACAUUGCUAUUGAACGACGCUGCAAACACUAUGUAGAGCUUCUGGUGGCCCAGGGAGCCGACGUGCAUGCCCAGGCCCGAGGGCGCUUCUUCCAGCCCAAGGAUGAGGGUGGCUACUUCUACUUCGGGGAGCUGCCCCUGUCCCUGGCGGCUUGCACCAACCAGCCGCACAUCGUCAACUACCUGACAGAGAACCCUCACAAGAAAGCUGACAUGAGGCGACAGGACUCCAGAGGCAACACGGUGCUGCACGCGCUGGUGGCCAUCGCCGACAACACCCGAGAGAACACCAAGUUUGUCACCAAGAUGUAUGACCUGUUGCUUCUCAAGUGUUCCCGCCUCUUCCCGGACAGCAACCUGGAGACCGUCCUCAACAAUGAUGGCCUUUCACCCCUCAUGAUGGCUGCCAAGACGGGCAAGAUAGGGGUCUUUCAGCACAUCAUCCGGCGGGAGGUGACAGAUGAGGACACACGGCACCUGUCUCGCAAGUUCAAGGACUGGGCCUACGGGCCUGUGUAUUCUUCUCUCUAUGACCUCUCCUCCCUGGACACAUGCGGAGAGGAAGUGUCCGUGCUGGAGAUUCUGGUGUACAACAGCAAGAUCGAGAACCGCCAUGAGAUGCUGGCUGUGGAGCCCAUUAACGAACUGCUGAGAGACAAGUGGCGUAAGUUUGGGGCUGUGUCCUUCUACAUCAACGUGGUCUCCUACCUGUGUGCCAUGGUCAUCUUCACUCUCACUGCCUACUAUCAGCCACUGGAGGGCACGCCACCUUACCCUUACCGUACCACGGUGGACUACCUGAGGCUGGCUGGUGAGAUCAUCACGCUCUUCACGGGAGUCCUGUUCUUCUUUACUAGUAUCAAAGACUUGUUCAUGAAGAAGUGCCCUGGAGUGAAUUCUCUCUUCGUUGAUGGCUCCUUCCAGUUGCUCUACUUCAUCUACUCUGUGCUGGUGGUUGUCUCCGCGGCGCUCUACCUGGCAGGGAUCGAGGCCUACCUGGCCGUGAUGGUCUUUGCCCUGGUCCUGGGCUGGAUGAACGCCCUUUACUUCACCCGCGGGUUGAAGCUGACGGGGACCUACAGCAUCAUGAUCCAGAAGAUCCUCUUCAAAGACCUCUUCCGCUUCCUGCUGGUCUAUCUGCUCUUCAUGAUAGGCUAUGCCUCGGCCCUGGUCACCCUCCUGAAUCCAUGCACCAACAUGAAGGUCUCUACGCUGGCCAAUAGGCACGUGAUACUGAGCGCUCAAGGUGCCUCUGCCACCAAGAGCUGA